AUGCGCGCGGCCGCGAAAAGUGCCUCUGACGCCUCAGCAGCAGGCGAUUCGUCGCCUGUUGUCGUGAAUCCUCUACGUGGUGAGUCACUACGUGCGACAGGUACAUCCGUUGCGUCUGCAGCGGGUCCCUCGGGUCGUAAUCAAGACGAGUCUGAGAUAGAGCUCAUCUAUUCUGGCGAGUCGGAUGAUGCAUCCGACUCGGAGGCGACUUCACACGCCUCUGGAUCACCCAGGGCGGAUACUGCAAGAGCCAGGUUGACUGGCUCUGGUCAACGCGGCGGUAUUUUGAACGAGAUCGUCGUAUCGAGUGAUUAUUCCGAUGAAUCUUCGCCUCACGCAAGUCCAUCCAACGAUAGGACGCAUAAGGAUGGUGGUGAUGCACCUAUACAUCACCACAAGUGA